ACCUCUUCAUCCAGAAUGGAUCCCGUGUACGAGUCCGCCGAGUUCACCUCCGAGAACCAGUCGUCGGGUGUGUACGACAUGGCCUACGAGGCGCCGUACGAGGAGCCUGACCGCCUUGAAGCAGAGUACGAGAACACCGGACGGGCCAUUGGGAAAAUACCGGCUCCCCCUGCUCUCCCACCACCUCGCCAUCCCGAGGAGGAGAAGAGGCGAGGCAGUUCCUCCUCGUCCUCGUCCUCGUCCUCCUCAUCGUCCUCAUCGUCCUCGCAUGCUGAAGAUGAAAAGAAAGAGGACAUGGAGGAUUUGAAGAAGGAGGAAGAGGAGGAGGAGGAGGAGAAGAUCGAGGUGGAGGUGGAGGAGAGCAGCAGAGACCUGAGUUGGGAGAGGAGGUCUCCAGAGGCGGAGGCGGACGGGGGGAACUCAUCACGCAGAUCCUCAUCUUCCUCAUCAUCGUCUUCAUCGUCUUCAUCAGCCUCUGAGAAGGAAGAACCUGUGGAGAAGCCAGAGCCUGAAAAGGACGGACCUGAAAUCAAACUUUUUGUUAAGGCUGGUAGUGACGGAGAGAGCAUCGGAAACUGUCCAUUCUCUCAUCGCCUCUUCAUGAUCCUCUGGCUCAAAGGGGUCGUCUUCAAUGUCACCACUGUUGACCUCAAGAGGAAACCGGCCGACCUUUACAACCUGGCCCCGGGGACACACCCGCCCUUCCUCACCUUCCAGGGGGAGGUGCUCACCGACGUCAACAAAGUCGAGGAGUAUCUGGAGGAGAUGCUGGCUCCACCGAAGUAUCCCAAACUUGCAGCAAAGAAUCGGGAAUCAAACACAGCAGGAAAUGACAUAUUUGCCAAGUUCUCCGCUUACGUCAAAAACACAAGACCAGAUAAACAUCGAGCAUUAGAGAAGAGUCUAGACAAGUCUCUGGCCAAGCUGGAUGAGUAUCUGACAAGUCCACUACCUGACGAGGUUGAGGUGGGACGCCGUGAGGGAGAUUCCAAACGCAAAUACCUGGAUGGAGACGAACUGACGCUGUCUGACUGCAACCUUCUGCCCAAACUUCAUGUUGCAAAGGUGGUUGCGAAGAAAUACCGUAACUACGACAUCCCGUCUGAAUUCAGAGGGCUGUGGCGUUACCUCGGCAACGCCUACAGCCGAGAUGAGUUCACCAACACGUGCGCGGCCGAUGUUGAAAUCGAGCUAGCCUAUAAGGACGUUGCUAAGAGGCUGGGAAAGUGAAUGAUUCGUCUUUUUUUUUUUUUUUUUUUAAGUUGCUGUGUAGCAUCUCAAGUCUUAUACCUCUGUAAUAAUACCGACUAUAAACAAACGGAAGAGGAUGAAACUCUUUGGUUAAGGUGAUUAUAGCCUACUGCUGAUAUUUCUCAAACGAAUAACAUGAUUUUUUAUUGAGGAAAAAAGGUUUGCAAUUGAUCGUAACCCCCUCUCCUGAACAGUGAUCAUAGCUUAGGAACCGUAACGGACAGACACAGAGAUGCACACACAUGACCGAACACAUAAUCUCCUGGCGGCGAUAAUAAAAAGUGUGGAUUAAACAGUGUUUAUCUGCUUUAAAAAAGCUUGACAAGCGUAGCAACACUAACUAACGGUCGAUUUAAGAUGUGAAAAGUUGAGCAGGGAAAAUAAAAUAUAGUUGGUGAGCGCAGAUCCCCAGUCAGCCAGUGUUGGAGGUUGUUUUCUCCUGAAGUAUUACCCCUUUCUGCUUAUUAAACCCUAAUAAUUUACAUAUGUAAAAGGGAUAAUGGGAUGCAUAAAGCAGGGUUUGAUUAUUUGACCCGUCCUCUUUUUUCUGUGCAUUAUGUUGUAUUAUUACAUUAUUGUUAAGAAUGUGUUUCAGCCAAAGUAAUUUGUCUUUUAUUGGGGUUGCGUCGGCUUUGUAGACUUUAGAGAUAUGAUAUGUGUCUCCCUCCACAGUUUAUGCAUCACACUGGUCACAAUCUUGGUGUAUUUCAGAUUAAAACUAUACUUUCAACUUGAUAAAUCAGCACCCAAACAAACCAAGUUUACCGCAUCUGUUGUGUUGUCAUGUCAUUUCAAUCAUGAGUGCCUUAGUGGGAAUCAAGCUCUCCUCUGCCUUCAGCUCUUGACGUCUGUACAGUAAAUUAUAUAUGUCUGAAUAUAAUAUAUAAAUGUGAAUUAUUAAUGUCAUCAAAGGACUUCUCCUGCCCCACGGAGCUGUGUGAUGAUAAUAUAAAUGAAUGUAAAUGAUUGUAGCUCAGCUAUAUACAUAUUCUUUUCUGAUGAUUAGAACCAUGAACCCACUGUGUAUAUGUCGCUUAUUUGAAUAAUAAAUCUAUUUUCUCAGAGACUGA